GCUCGUCGUAGCAGUCACUUCAUCUCACGCCGUUCUCCGGUACGGACAUAUCGCUCCUGCUCGGUCUGUGUGUUUCCGUGGUCUUUAGCAGGGCCAGUGUCUGCGUUGUUUUGGACUCAGUAAUCCGAUCCGUCCACACCGAUCGUGUUUUUUGCACAAAACGUGCCGAUCGGCAGUAUCCAUUUAUCACUAAAGUGAACUAAAGAGAGUGCAGUUUUUAACGUACACAGAGAACAAGUGUUUUAACUAGCGUGUUUUACUACCGUAAAAGUGCAACGUUUUUUUAAACAAGCUCUCUCAAUUGUGUUUGCACAACAAAGUAUCCCCGAAAACGGUUGUGCGCAUAGCGGUGUUAGUAGCAAUAACAAAAAAAAAAAAAAAAGAUAGUUUCAAAGAGCAUCCCUCAAGGGUUGAGUUUUACCUGACUCUCGCGCUCUUUGGCUGGAGAGAAACGCACCCCCCUCCUUCUUUGCGCGGUACGUGCCUGGCGUUGUGUAUUGGCGUUGGUUUGCCGUACGACGCUCGCUGUGUGUAUGUAUGCGGUGCGUGUCGGUGUGUGCGGAGUUUGAAACCGUGGGAAAAAUCAGUGACGAUCGCGAAAUUCCGGUCCCGGUGUGUUGUAGCGCGAAGCGGGUUCGAGCGCGCCGUAAGUGAAAGGGAAGGCGCACAAACACAACAAAAGAGAGAGAGAGCGGGAGAGAGAAAUCGAACGGGGCCCCAUUGGCAGGAAGGAGCGAGAUAGUGGAAGUGGUGGGCUUCAAAGCGUGGCCCCAAAAAGGAGAAGCCAAAGUUCGCGAUCUUCUUCGCGAUCGUCAAUUUCGCAUUUUCGCACAACUUCUCACCCACCCCUUGAAAGCGCGCGCGCGCGUGUGUUUGUGUGUACGUUCGGUGGCCACCACCCCAAAAGUUUUAGCUUUCGGCUUUGCUGUUUUUUAUUGCGUGUGUUUGUUUUUGGUGUUUUCCGCUCACGAAAAAAAAAACAUAAAUAAAUACGAAAGACUUUAGCAGCCACGAGACAUUCAGUGCAAAGGGAAGAUUAUGUGCACAGAAGUUUGUGUUUAGCAGUGUGUGAGACACAGACCAUACCGCCGCCACCACCCCCACGGUCCAGCAGAGCUUCGCGUUGAGGCUUCCGUGCAGGCUAUUCCGUAGUAGAUCGCGACCAGUGUGCCGCCUCGCUAAGGGGUGGACGAUAUAGGCCUCUAUAUGGGUGUACUGAACGUGACCAGUUCCGGUGCCGCUAUCGUCGAGUACCACCAGCAACAGCAGCAGCAACAGCAGCAGCAGCAGCAGCAACAGCAGAACAAGAAAAACGACACAAUCUUCUCACCCAUCAAGAACAAGAUGAAGGUGCUGAAGAAGAUCAAGAAACGCAUGGGACUAGCAACGAGAAGCGCAUCAUCCUGCCCGGGCCCGAACAAUCUGCCCCCGCUACAGUUUCACACCGUGCACGGCGACAACAUACGCAUCUCGCGCGAGGGCACCGUCGCCAAGCGGUACGAGUCGUUCUGCAAGGGCAUCACGUUCAGCGCCCGGCCGGUGCGCGUGAACGAGCGCGUGUGCGUCAAGUUCCUGGACAUCUCGAACAACUGGAGCGGCGUGAUCCGGUUCGGCUUCACCUGCAACGAUCCGGCGUCGCUGCGCGGCAACCUGCCCAAGUACGCCUGCCCGGACCUGACGAACAAGCCCGGCUUCUGGGCGAAGGCGCUGAACGAACGGUACUGCUACCGGGGCAACGUGCUGUUCUACUACGUCACCCCGUCCGGCGAUGUGCACUUCGGUAUCAACGGCGAGGAGAAGGGCGUGUUCAUCACGGACGUGGACGCACGCGGCCCACUGUGGGCCGUGAUCGACGUGUACGGCAACUCGACCGCGAUCGAGUUUCUCGACUCGCGCAUCUACAUGUUCCAGGCGCAGCAGCAGCAGCAUCAGCAGCAGCACCAGCCGCAGCAUCAUGGUGGCCCUCCGCACGCCCAAAGCCAGACGGCGCGCCGACCGACGGAGCCCGAGCUGGGACUGCCGCAGCUGGAAUCGCUCAGCAUCAACCAGCACAACCAUCAGCUGAUGGAGGAGCGUCCGGUUACCUGCGGUGCGCUCAGCCCGUCCACCUCGGUGCGCUAUCACAGCCCGGCGCCGGGACUGCUGCCGUUGCCCUUCCAUCCGGUGCGUGGGCGCAACAUUAAGUUCUCCGCCGACCGGUACGUGGCGACGCGGGCCGAUACCGAGUUCUGCCAGGGGUACGUGUUUUCGCCCCGCCCGGUCAAGAUCGGCGAGCGGCUUAUCAUUCAGAUCCUGAAGACGGACUCGAUCUUCGUCGGGUCGCUCGCGCUCGGGCUGACGUCCUGCGAUCCCGCCAGCCUGCAGCUGAACGAUCUGCCGGACGAUUCCGACAUGCUGCUCGAUCGGCCCGAGUACUGGGUGGUGAGCAAGGACGUGGCGUCGACGCUGGUACGGGGCGAUGAGCUAUGCUUCUCGGUCACCGUGAACGGUGAGGUGCAGAUCAGCAAGAACGGUGGCGCCCCGUCCGUCAUCAUGCACAUCGACCAGUCGCUGCAGCUGUGGGCCUUCCUGGAUGUGUACGGAUCGACGCAGAGUGUGCGGCUGUUCACGCUGCCGAUGCCGGCGCCGCCGGCACCGUCCGGGUGCGCCUCCAGCAUGUACAGCAUGGCCCGGUCCCACUCGUCGCUGGCUGCCGCGGCCGCCACUAGUCAAUCGGUGCGCAGUCUGCACCAGCAGGAGCAGCAGGUGAUGGCGGAAUCGUCGGCCAGCAGCUGCCGGGCACUUGCCGGUGCCACCUCGACCAGUGCACUGGUGCAGCAGGCGACGGCAGCAACCGCCGCCACCGCUGCCGUGCGCUCCGACAUGAUCCAAAUCAACCCGGGCGGUACGGUGCUGGUCGUCAAUCUGCCCCCGGCCGAUGUGCUUACCCAGCAGCAGCAGCAGCAGCAAUCGUCGCAAGUACCCCAGGCGACGCUUGUGACGCGCGGUAUGACCAACUCCGCCUCGACCCUGUCCGUGCCACUAUCGACACUGUCGCUCUCGUCCCACACGGGCUCAACCGGAACGGCCAGCGAGCUGAUGGUUAGCAAUAAUAGCAGCAACAAUUACGCCGCCAGCAACAAUCCUCCUCCAUACCCUGAGUCGCUCUCGAGCUACAACAAUGCCGCCAACUACUCGACCGCCGCCCUGGCCGCGAACGGCAUCUACAGCUCGACCAACUGCGUCGACUGCACGAUCUGCUUCGAGAAGCCGAUCGACUCGGUGCUGUACAUGUGCGGCCACAUGUGCAUGUGCUACGACUGUGCGAUCAAGCAGUGGCGCGGCAUCGGCGGUGGGCACUGCCCACUGUGCCGCGCGGUCAUCCGCGACGUCAUCCGGACGUACAAGUCGUAGGGCGUGUGCAGGGCACAGCGCGAGCAUCGACGUGAAAGCGGCAUAGCCAAAGAAGGACCGUGAAGGUGUGUGUGUGUCGAACCAUUUUGUGAUCAAGCAGGCAGUGCGCAACAGUUGUGAUUUGGUGGCGGUCGAUCGUGUGUGUUCCAGUUUGUUGAUUUUUUUUUCUUCUGGGCGUUGGGCGAGUGGUCGGAAUCCAUCGGCUGGAGAAAACAGCAAAUGUGCAGCAUCCAUAAAUUAACACUGAUAGCUUAUCGGUUGAAGGAUAAAUUAUUCAGUAGUCAAAAUUUAUAGAAACAGAAGAGAAGCUCCGCCCGGUGGCACCCUUUUUAGGAAGGCUUUGUUUGGCAAAGAAAGUUAGGCUUUUGCUGGGAACACAUGCUCGCUUGGCCGAAGAUGAUUCACUUGCACCACGGAAAGUAGCCAAAAAGAAAAAAAAAGGAACUAGUACGCUGUAGAAAGCACAAUGUUUCCCCUGCCUCAAAUCAGCAACACAAUUGACUAGUGUGUAAGUAAACAGGUUUGGCGGGGUUUAAGGUAAAGCGGGGAUGAAGCGAGAAAGAGUUGAUAAACAGAGCGUAAACCAAAACCGAGUGAAGGCAUUUAGUUGCAUUUACAACUGAGAGGAGAGGACAGUGGAAGAUUGUAGCGCACUGAAACGCGUGCUCGAUAAGCCAGUCAGUAAUCGAACGAGGCCAGUUAUUGCUUUGUUGUUUUUACCUAUGUCUAGUGUACUAAAUAGUCAAUUAGACCUAUAAUAUGUCCCCGACAGCGAUGAUUAUGUAGCGGUUAUUAAGAGACAGAGACAGAGAGAGAGAUAGUGGGAAACAUGUUUGCCAAAAAGAAACACAAGAAUCAUAUGUCACUUCCAAAUGCGGACGAGCCGCCGCUUCCGAAGUUAGGCUAAGUUUAAUGCAAAUACGGUUAGGUUGGACGGAUGGAUUGGUAAAGGCAACAGCGAAAGCGCAGAGCAGCAAAGAUUUGCGUAAGCCCAUGCGCUUACCCGUUUCGUGUGUUUCGUAUUCGUUUCUGUCUCUUCAAUUACCUCGUGUGUACAGGUGUAUGAUAGGCGUAGAGGGGUUUAUUUUAAAACGUUCAUUUUUUUCUACAACACUUUAAACAGAGAAAGAGAGAGAGAGAGAGAAGGGAAGGUUGGGAAACAGUUAUUCUUUCGAGCUGCCGCAUGUGCUGAAAAACAAAACAAAAACAAAAUCUCGUUUCGGCGCAAGAUUAAUUUAUUUUCUAGUCAAAUAGUCAAAUGCAAAUGGCUUAUGCCGGGAGUCGUGUGUGAGAAAUGCGUAUGUUUCGGAAUUGAAUAAUGUGCUGAAAUAUUAAAAUGAAAAGUAUUUGAAAACCUAUAAUCAGAAAACAGUCGUUUUGUUUUUUUUUUUAAUUACAUUUAGUACACCCAAACUGGGUGCCGUCACCAGUUCGCUUGUUCCGAUACGCUUGUGCGCGAGGCAAUCAGUUAUGGGAAGCAGUAGCAGCAGUAUGCAGUAUGAUUUGGUUUUGCGUAGCUCGAGCUGGAAUUGAUCGUAUAUUUUAGGCAGCGUAGCGUAGGGCUCCUUUUUCUUACUUACCUUUUGCGCGCAUAUAGAUCCUCGCACUGCGUGCGUGUACACUUCCCCCCCCCCCCCCGUAUGUUAGUGCGGCGAACGAAGGACGCUUGGUCAGUUCAGUAGUGCAGGAGAUGGCGUGCAGGAAGAAGCAGUUGUACGAUACGGAAUAUAAUCUCCUACACGUCUAUGACGCUAAUUUAUUGUUACGUAGAGGCGAUGCUGGAAAGGAAACGAUAGAUACUAGUACCGUUUUUUGUAUUAUUUGUUUCCCUUUUUCUAGUAUCGAUACUAUUUAAGAGUUGCAAAAUCAUUAUGCACUAAACCUUCGAUAUGAAAUACAAAAGUGAAAUUAAAGCAAAAAAAAACAAAAACAAUAACCAAAACAAUUCAAAA